UCAACAGCAACAGCAAUAGAAGAGCGUUUAGAACAUCGCUGCUGACAGAAGAAGAAAAAGAACAGUGUGCGAAAGACAGUAACCAAGAGACAUAAAAUACUACAUUGUGAUUUUUUUCCUAAUAAAGACGUUGUUUCCAUUGCACACAGUGAAGAUGCUGUCCUGUCGAUUCCAGUGCGCUCUGGUUCUGCUUUCCUUGGCAGUAGUUUUCAGCAAAGUAUCAGCUGCGCCUUCAGACCUGCGACUGCGCCAACUCCUACAGAGGUCGCUAGCUGCUGCAGCAGGCAAGCAGGAACUAACUAAGUACUCCUUAGCAGAACUGUUGUCAGAAUUGGCCCAAUCAGAAAAUGAUGCAUUGGAUUCAUCUGAUCUCUCACGUGGUGCUGACCAAGAUGAAGUAAGGCUAGAACUUGAACGCUCCGCUAAUUCCAGUCCCCUGGCUGCAAGAGAACGGAAAGCUGGUUGCAAAAACUUCUUCUGGAAGACAUUUACAUCUUGCUAGUUUUAACCAGAAUAUACUGAAUAAUGUUUUUUUUUUCCUAUACCCACCCCAAAUCUUAAGCAAAUCUCCCAGACAAGAAGCUGAAGACUGUACAGUAAAAAAAAAAUGCUGUGAUGAUUUACAUUUAAAUUUGAUUUCACACCAAUUAAUGAACCUUCUCAUCUGAACUGUAGUUGAUUUGCUUGGGUUGUGAUUCCUGUAUAGUUCCUAAGGUAUGCACUCUGCAGUUCUCAAAGAUGUACUAUUUUUAACUGUUGUUUGCAAUAAAUAUCUAUGUUUCAAACUGGAAA